AUCACCACCACAAACACACAUCUGCGCUCUUUAGCUGCCGCGAUGGCCGCCGGGAUCGAGCCCUCGAACCAGCGCAUGAUGAAGAUGAGGAGGAUGAAGCUCUGCUGCUGCGCUUCCGAGGAUUCCACAACUCACAGCUGCCGGAAGCUGCGCGCGGAACACGGAAGCAGUUCGGUGCGAGGAACUCUGGGAAAUAUCUUCACAGACGCAGCACAUCACGGCGGUACGUCAUUUCCCACAAUGCACCUGGACAGGAAUAAACAGAGAGCCAAGAUGGCGGCGGACAGUGAUCCCGAGUCUGAGGUGUUUGAGAUCACUGACUUCACCACAGCGUCAGAAUGGGAGAGAUUCAUAUCUCGGGUCGAGGAGGUGCUCAACGACUGGAAGCUGAUUGGCUCCGGUGUUGGGAAACCACUGGAGAAGGGAGAACUCACCAGCGGCUCGUGGGAGGAGACCACGCAGGAGAUCAGCUUCUCUGACUUCAGGUUCUCCAUCACACAUCACUGUCUGAAGCAGGAGUCCGCUGAGAACGAGAGCAGGGACGAGCCGGAGGAAGAUGCGUGUCCGCUGGCCAUGCAGGACCUGCUGUGCAUGAACAACGACUUUCCCCCGCGAGCGCACUGCCUCGUCAGAUGGUUCGGUGUGCGUGAGUUCGUGGUGAUUUCUCCAGGAGCCAACUGUGAAGCUGUGGUCAGCGAGUCCAAGUGUAACCUGCUGCUGAGCUCCGUGUCCAUCGCUCUGGCCAACACGGGCUGUCAGGUGCCGCUGCUGGUGCAGAUCCAGCAGAAGUGGAGGAAGGUGUAUGCGGGGGAGUGUCAGGGGCCCGGGGUCCGCUCAGACUUUGAGAUGGUGCACCUGCGUAAAGCUCCUGGUCAGUACACACACCUGUCGGGCCUGCUGGACAUCUUCAAGAACAAGAUCGGCUGCCCGCUGACACCGCUGCCGCCCAUCAGCAUCUCCAUCCGCUUCACCUUCGUCCUGCAGGACGGUCAGCAGUGCUCGUGGCCACAGCAGCCGCCAGACUUCGAUGCGCUCCUCGCUGGAGAGGUGGGCGGCGUGGAGUUCGGAAAACUUCCCUUCGGAGCGUGUGAAGAUCCCAUCAGCGAACUUCAUCUGGCAACCACCUGGCCGAACCUGACGGAGGGAAUCGUGGUGGAUAACGAUGUUUAUUCAGAUCUGGAUCCUCUUCAGGCUCCUCACUGGUCCGUUCGAGUGCGGAAAGCAGACAAUCCGCAGUGCUUGCUGGGUGAGUUCCUCACGGAGUUCUUCAAGCUCUGCUGCCGCACGGAGACCAGCGAGGAGAUUCUGGGGAGGAACGCAGUCGAGGACGAAGGGAAAGAGAACAGUGACAUCAGUCAAGCGCUGUCCAAGCUGACGGAGCCCGCAGCCGUCCCCAUACACAAGCUGUCUGUCUCCAGCAUGAUGCACAGCGCGAGGAAACGCAUCCGGAGAAACAGACGCGCCGAGGAGUCGCCGCUACACAACCACGUGCUCAACUCCAUCCUGCUGUAUCUGUUCCCGGACGCAGCUCUGGAUAAAGCAGACUGGAGCGAGGUCAGAUCCACGCAGGAACCGGAUCACCACCUUUGUAAUCAGCUGAAGUCGGCUCCGAGCGACAGUCUGACGUACCGUCUGGCUCUGUGUGUCUGUAUGGUGAACUUCCAUCACGGAGGAGUGCGCGCCGUGGCUCACCUGUGGCAGGAGUUUGUGCUGGAGAUGCGCUACCGCUGGGAGAACAACUGCCUGAUCUACGGGCUGGCCAGCGGAGCUCCGGAUCUCAGGUGUUGUCUUCUUCAUCAGAAACUGCAGAUGCUGAACUGCUGCAUCGAGCGCAAGCGAGCGAGGGAUGAUGGGAGGAAGAGCGGCGCGUCAGACGCAGCCAGGAGCCUCCCGGGGCCCGCCGAGGUUUCUCCGGGGAAGUCCUGGGACUCGUGGAGCGACAGCGAGGAGGAGUUCUUCGAGUGUCUGAGCGACACGGAGGAGAUGAAGGAGACUGAGAGCGAGAAAAAGACGGCCAGUAAGAGCAAAGCUGAAGGUCGCCUGCAGCCGCAUGGCAAGCGGACUCUUCUGAACUCAGCGGAGCCGCUCUUCAUCCCCGUCACACAGGAGCCUGCGCCCAUGACUGAAGACCUGCUGGAGGAGCAGUCGGAGGUUCUGGCCAAACUGGGCACGUCGGCUGAAGGAGCGCACCUCCGCGCCCGCAUGCAGAGCGCCUGCCUGCUCUCAGACAUGGAGUCCUUCAAGGUGAGCUGUGUGCUCGUCAGUGAGAGGCCUGAAGGUUAUGGUAGCACUGCAUGCUGGGGUCAGACAUGAGCAUCUCCACAUGCACAGCAGACCAUCAGCGUCUCCUUUGAUUUGUGUCCUUCCUGGCAGCAGAUCAUUAGGUCUUGUCACCCGUAAUUCACUGUCAGUCCAGCAACAGAGGAACAUCACCUCCAGCGCCAUCCAGC